AAAUGAAAAUGGCUUUAAACUUUGAAAACAAGAGCAAAUUAAAGAGGGCUCCAUAACCACAUGGACACAAGUCUUUUCCCUUCAAAAGCCACAAAUCAUUUCUCAUCCAAUUCCAAUGCUCAUCAUAAUAACCAGGCGGUGGUAGUAGUAGCAGUAGCAAUAACAGCAGUAAGUAGAUAUGCAAAGCAACCCUAGCGGGUCGCCACCGGCGGUGGAGGAGCCCUCCGCCGCUGCUAGCGACGGCGGGAAGUGGGCGGAGCGGCUCCUGAGGGAAUGCGCCGGCGCGAUUUCCGAGAAAGAUUCCGCCAAGAUCCACCAGCUGCUGUGGAUGCUGAACGAGCUAGCGUCGCCCUACGGGGACUGCGACCAGAAACUCGCCGCGCAUUUUCUUCAAGCCUUGUUCUGCAAGGCAACGGAGACGGGUCCCAAGUGCUACAAAACCCUCCUCUCGGUCUCCGAGAAGAGCCACAGCUUUGACUCCGCUCGGAAGCUCAUCCUCAAGUUCCAAGAGGUGAGCCCUUGGACAACUUUCGGUCACGUCGCCUCCAACGGCGCCAUCUUGGAGGCCUUGGACGGGGAAACCAAGCUUCAUAUUAUCGACAUUAGCAACACGUUUUGCACCCAAUGGCCUACUUUACUCGAAGCCCUGGCCACGCGGAACGACGAGACGCCCCACCUUAAGCUCACGGUGGUGGUCACGGCCGCGACGGUGGUGAAGUCGUUCAUGAAGGAAAUCGCGCAGAGGAUGGAGAAAUUCGCAAGGCUGAUGGGGGUACCGUUCGAGUUCAACGUCGUGAGCGGGCUAACCCACCUAGGAGAGAUCACCAAAGACGCUCUAAACGUCCGAGACGACGAAUCCGUCGCAAUAAAUUGCAUCGGCGCCCUCCGACGAGUCGGGGUCGACGAAAGGUCCGCGAUUCUCCGCACCUUCCUAACCCUCCGCCCCAAAGUCGUCACGGUCGUGGAAGAACACGCGGAUUUCACCCACACCCGACACGAUUUCGUCAAAUGCUUCGAGGAGUGCCUGAGAUUCUACACGCUCUACUUGGAGAUGCUGGCCGAGAGCUUCCCGGCAACCAGCAACGAGCGGUUGAUGCUUGAGCGAGAGUGCUCGAGGAGCAUACUUAGGGUUUUGGGCUGCGACGAUCCGAGCAGUAACGACGGCGACUCCGAGAGCAGAGAGAGAGGAACCCAGUGGUCCGAGAAGCUCCGAGACGCCGGCUUCUCGCCUUUUACCCUCAACGACGACGCAGUUGACGACGUUAAAGCCUUGCUGAAAAGAUACAAAUCCGGAUGGGCACUUCAGCCACCACAACAACAAGCCGGGGAAGACAACAACACAACCGGAACCUCAUCAUCAUCAACAUCAUCAUCAGGAAUAUACUUGACAUGGAAAGAUGAGCCAGUAGUAUGGGCUUCAGCUUGGAAGCCCUAGAAUUGAACUAUAUAUAUAUAUACACUUCAAUUCAGUUCAGUUCAGUUCUCUAGCUGAAUCUGAGAAUUGAAUUGAAAAAUUAAACCCAGAUAUAUAUAUAUUAUAUUAUAUGAAUUAUUAUGAUAUGAAUACUUGGAGUACGUUUGUGAUGGUUAUUUAUAUUUGGAGAAUCAGAAGAAGAUAUAAGAGUGUAUGUGUGCAUGUAUGGAUUUUGUUUGUUUUGUUUUUAGUUUUCCAA